AUGAAUUACCUAAUACCACUGACAGACUCCGGACUUGCUUCACUCACAUUGAGUGAGACACUUCCUCCCGAAGUCCGCCUUCGCAUUUGGACUCACCUGUACCGCGAUGUCCACAUCAAACUGCGUCUCCGCGAUCGCCGCCCUAAGAAGCGUGUCCGCAACCGCCGCCCCAAACAGCCCAAGCAGACUGUGACCGGUUUCCCGAGAGCGCCACUCCUCACUUGUCGCCUGUUCCACACCGAGAUUGCAUCUACCGCGCUACCGAUCGCUGCUCGAGACUGGCUCUUGAGCUAUGAGCGCUGCUGGCCCCCGAUUCGACCCUCUGCAGAGCCCAAGCAUGAGCGCAUGGACAAUCAACCAAACGCCCACUCCCUGCCAGCCAAGCAUUACGAAUUUCUGGAAAGAUUCGGGCAAUACGUGACAGUCGUGGAGUGCAAAAUCAGCACAUACGAGGAGCCGACCUUCCAUAAACCAUUCGAUAUCUCUUGGUUCCCGAACCUGCUGAUCAUGCGCUCGCGGUGUCCCGUGAUCGUGCAUCGACCUAGACAGGCCGAUGCUCCCCUCAACUGGGCUAUUACCAACCCCACCCUUGCUGCUGCUGUUGGUGCACUUCUCGGCGGGCAUUGGCCUGCUGCUGUCGCGUCGCAAGGCGCGUCUAGCCCGUCUGCAUUGGGGACCGCGUACGAUUUUGGCUGGGACAAUAAUAUCGAUGAAACUUGGGAAGAGGACAGCAACAACAGCAACGAUGACGAUAGCAAUGGCGUUGAGGCAAAGUUUCCGACCGAAGAGGAAGAAGCGGUAUUCUGGCACGCCGUGGAGAAUCCGAACGGCAUGGCGUCGCGUCUGCUGGGUGUGGUCGGACUAAGAGAGCGAUGGGAGGCUAAUCUGGAACGCUUCGCACCGGCAUCUGCAUCGAACCAGCCGAGAUUGCUGACGGUCGUGCGGUGGGAUCCUACUCCGGGAGUCAACAAGGUGUUGUACCUCGAUGUCACCAACAGCAAACUUGUCAGCAGAAAGGACGUGACCGGUAAAUCGGUCUUCCAGCGUCCAUGGAACCGUUAG